UGAACUCCUGACCUCAAACCAUCCUCCAACAUCAACCUCCUAAAGUGCUAGGAUUACACAUGUGAGCCACUACACUUGGCCUUGUUAUUAAUUAUGAGUUAAUAAGUCCCUAACUGGGCCAGCCUCUGGGAAUACAGUGGAGAAUAAGAGAGACGUGGUUCCUGCCCUCCUGUGGCUUCCAGUCUGAUGAAGGGGACAAAGCAGCAGUGAGCACGCAGGCCCAUUCCUAGGACUACACAGAGGCACUCUGGGAGGGAGGGGGUAGGACGGGCCACUGAAGCUGAGGAAAGAGGAGGAAGGAGUUGGAGACUGGGGGAAGAGCUGACCAAGGCCCCAGGCUCAAGCUGCCCUUGUAAGAUGGGGUAGGGGGUUGCCAGGAGGCUUCUGUGUGGAAUCAAGUGGGUAAUCAAGAAGGGAAUGUGGCCUCCAAGUGGCUCUGCAGCCUGUGGGAACUGGAAGUCGUUCCUGGCACUGUCUGUGGAAAGCCUCGCAUGUUGGUGGCUCUUGGCACAUCUGAGUUACCUGUCUGUCCCUCUGGACAGGUAUGUCGGGUGGAGCAGGGCGGGCAGUCAGCGUGCUGCCCCUGUGUCACGGACAGGUCCUUGGGGGCACAACCCGGCCUAUUUGCGUGGGUGGCCCUGCUGUCAUGUUGGGGAGGAGGCUAGCCGCAGGACUGCAAGCCCAGCUGUCAGGGCUACGGGGGACCUGUGGGGUGGGAUUGCUCCUCAAGAAGGAGGCACUUCAGGGACCAGGGAACAUGAGGGAGUGACCAGCGAACCCCAGAGAGAGCUCAUCGUGCCCCAGAGCUGCAGCGUGCCUGUGCCUAUGGAAAGAGGGUCCCCCGUGUGGGCUGAGCAAGGCUGUCUGAGACAGGAUGUGCAGCCCUCCUGGCACUGGUGAGCCAGGUGCUCUGGAAUCCUCCUAGCUUGGGGGUCCUGCAGCCUCGCCCUAUGGCUGUGAAUCACAACAUGCUUGGAUUUAGAUGCUUUUGGAUUUUUCACAUCACUUGUUGGAUUCCAAACCAGGCACUUCCGGCUGCCUCCUUGCCUUCCCUCUCUCUUGCCCACUCACACGUGUUCUUUUUGCCGCUCUUGUCUCUCACAGACAUUCUUUCUCUUCUUCUCCCUCCCUACCUCCCUUCCCCCUCCUCCUCCUCCUCCUCCUCUCCCUGAGGAAGGAAAAAAAUUCAGUCUCUCAGAAACAAAAUAUCUGCCAUUCCGUCGGAGGGAGAACUGAGGCAGGAGCCCAGAAUAUCCUGGAAGGAACGCCAGCGAGAGUUGAAGGCCUCAGUUGUUUAAUCUGGAAGGAGGACUUUGAUGUCACCCUGCUCCGUUUAUCCUGGGAAGCUUCCCACUGCUUCAUGGCUUCGACUCUCCGCGUGAAGGAUGACCGAGCUCCUCCAGGGGCUGGAGGCAAGCCUGAGCAGCCCCGAAGGGCAGCCUGGUGAUGCUGCGCUCCUGCCAAGCCCAGGAGCUCGUGGGCGACGUGUUGAGAGACACGCUCAGCGAGGAAGAGGAGGACGACUUCCGGCUGGAAGUGGCCCUGCCUCCUGAGAAGACCGACGGGCUGGGCAGCGGAGAUGAGAAGAAGAUGGAGAGAGUGAGCGAACCCUGCCCAGGCUCCAAGAAGCAGCUGAAGUUUGAAGAGCUCCAGUGCGAUGUGUCUGUGGAGGAGGACAGCCGGCAGGAGUGGACCUUCACCCUGUAUGACUUUGACAACAACGGCAAGGUCACCCGAGAGGACAUCACCAGCUUGCUGCACACCAUCUAUGAGGUGGUGGACUCCUCUGUCAACCACUCCCCGACAUCCAGCAAGAUGCUGCGGGUAAAGCUCACUGUGGCCCCCGAGGGCAGCCAGAGCAAGAGGAGCAUCCUUGUCAAUCAGGCCGACCUGCAGAGCACAAGGCCCCGAGCAGAGACCAAGCCCACUGAGGAGCUGCGGAGCUGGGAGAAGAAGCAGCGAGCCCCGCUCAGGUUCCAGGGUGACAGCCGCCUGGAGCAGUCUGGCUGCUACCACCAUUGCGUAGAUGAGAACAUCGAGAGGAGAAACCACUACUUAGAUCUCGCCGGGAUAGAAAACUACACGUCCCAGUUUGGGCCUGGCUCCCCUUCCGUGGCCCAGAAGUCAGAACUGCCCCCCCGCACCUCCAACCCCACUCGGUCUCGCUCCCAUGAGCCGGAAGCCAUCCACGUCCCACACCGAAAGCCCCAAGGCGUGGACCCGGGCUCCUUCCACUUCCUUGACACCCCAAUCGCCAAGGUCUCAGAGCUCCAGCAACGGCUCCGGGGCACCCAGGACGGGAGCAAGCACUUUGUGAGGUCCCCCAAGGCCCAGGGCAAGAGCGUGGGUGUGGGCCACGUGGCCAGAGGGGCAAGAAACAAGCCCCCUCUGGGACCCGCCUUCCCUGCGGUGUCCCCCUCCGCCCACCUGGCCGCCAGCCCGGCCCUCCUCCCCUCCCUAGCCCCCCUCGGGCACAAGAAGCACAAGCACCGAGCCAAGGAGAGCCAACAGGGCUGCCGGGGCCUACAGGCACCGCUGGCCUCGGGCGGCCCCAUCCUGGGGCGGGAGCACCUGCGGGAGCUGCCCUCCGUGGUGGUGUAUGAGAGCCAGGCCGGGCAGCCGGUCCAGAGACAUGAGCACCACCACCACCACGAACAUCACCACCAUUACCACCACUUCUACCAGACAUAGAGCCCCUCCCCAGGGCCCCACCCUGCCGUAUGAAGGACCCCACCCCUGACACCCCAAGGCAUUAUUAUUCUAUUAAUUAUUGUUAUUAUGACGAUUAUUGUUAUUAAUAAUUAUUGUUACUCCACUAAUAUUUAGCUAGCCUUCAUGUAGAAGAUCUAUGGAAACACAGAACUAAACUUUUAUUUAUAUGUUGUGGGGACUGCAUAACUAGCCCAGGAAAUGACUCUGGUUUGGAGUGGCCUGUAAUGGGCAGAGGCUCCCUGGAGGCUCAGGAGCUGCAGCAUCUGUGCGGAUCAGCCCACACCCUUCCCAGAGCCGGGGAGCCCUCAGCCCCAACUCUGCCCCACCCCAGCCUCUUCCAGGAGAGCACCCUUACCUGGCCCAGCUUCCACAGACCCUCGAAAUCUCCGAGAAGAUAAACAGCUGCUACCUCUUAGUAUUAUUCUGAUUUUAUUUUGCCCUUAACUGAUUGUAAUGUGCUACAAGGGAUUUCAGUGGACUGCAGAGUGCGAACGUCUUGCUCUUGUGUUUUUAUGUCCCAACCUAGAAACCUUAGCUGUCUUUUCUGGAGUUGUCUUUCAUGCUUUUCCAGUGGGAUCAAGCCCUUUUCCCCAAAGCAGUCCCAUCUCUUCUGCCAUGCACAACAUGAAAAUCCACUUCUCUUCCUUCUCCUCCUUCUCUCUCCUUUACAGCGAUACAUACACAUAUUUAAGGACUAUCCCUGAGACCAUCCUUCUCAUUUUGGAAACUGCUAGGGAGGGAACCAACCACUUAAACAAGUGUCGUUUUCCAAGAUCCGGGCAAUUGUGUGCUGUUGGUUGUGGGGGAGGAUGUGGCAGAUAUAUACACAAUUCUCUAACAGCGCUUUCUGUAUCUAUAGAUAGACGCCAUCUGUCCAUUUCUAUGUAUCUUUCUAUAAAUAUACACUCUCAGGUAUCUUUUCUGGUGUGUAGAAAUCAGUGGUUUGCUUCUCUGGAUGCUUCUGGAACCCAGAUGUGACCCUGCUUGUCUCCUUUUGGGGCUGGAUGGCUCAGAUACUUUCAUCAGAGGUCCCUUCUCGUGUUUGGGGGUCUGAUGGAUUUUGGAGAAAACUGCUGGGGUACGGAAGCUUGGAGGGAAAAGGGGAACAUGACCAGAGUUGGGACCCUGGGGCAACAUCCUCUGCAGAGAAGGAUUUUGUCUGGCCAGAGCCUG